GCAACACCUUGCAUGCGAGGUUGUCAGAUUUUUUCAGCACUUGUAAUCUGCAGUGAAUCGAUUGUAUUUCUUUUCUGCCUACUAGGCAAAUUGUGAUUGCUAUUUAUUACUAAAAAACUUUUAAAAUGCAGGGCCUGUCACUUGAAAGCUUGAAGAAGCACAAAGCUUUGAUCCCACUGUACGUGUGCGUGGGCAUCGGGUGCGCAGGAGCCGUGUUCUACCUGGGCAGGCUGGCCACGCGCAACCCUGACGUGUCCUGGAACAAGAAGUCCAACCCCGAACCCUGGGAGGAGUACAGGGCGAAGCAGUACAAGUUCUACUCGCCCGUCCGGGACUACUCGAAGGAGGAGUCCCCCGCGCCCAAGUAUUAGUCAAGCCAACCGCUUACUUACGUUAAUCAAGUGUUACUGCGAACUUUAGAUGUUAUAAUUUAAUAAAUAGCAACAAUUAUGUGAUAAUA